AUGGCUGGCGGCGCUCCGAUUAUGGCUCCGGCCGUGUCUGGUGGUUACCUCACCGGUCGAGCCCUGAUCUUCCCCCUCUCCCUCGUCAUCUCUCUGUUCUUCCUCUGGGGAUUCUCCUACGGCCUCCUCGAUGUCCUCAACAAGCACUUCCAGACUGUCCUCGGCAUCAGCAAGCUUGAGUCCACCGGCCUGCAGGUCAUGUACUUCGGCGGCGGUUACCUCCUCUUCUCCCCUGUUGCCGCCGAGGUUCUGAAGCGCCGUGGCUACAAGUUCACCAUCCUCAUGGGCCUUGCUCUCUACUCUCUUGGCGCUAUCCUGUUCUGGCCUGUCGCCCAUGCCUCCCUCUCCACCGACAACAAGCGUGCCAUCUUUGGCGGCUUCUGCGCCUGUACUCUUGUCAUCGCCUGCGGUCUUGCCACUCUCGAGACGUCCGCAAACUCGUACGCAGUUGUCAUCGGCAAGCCCGAAACCGCCUCUGCUCGUCUCCAGUUCUGCCAGUCUUGGAACGGUGUUGCCUCCUUCAUCGGCCCCCUUAUUGCCUCCAAGUUCUUCUUUGAGGGUGCCAACGCCAACUCUCUCACCAACGUCCAGUACGUCUAUCUCGCCGUCUCCUGCGCCGGUGUGGCCGUCGCCGUACUCUUCUUCUUCGCCCGCCUUCCUGAGGUCAGCGAGCAAACCCUUGAGGAAGCCGGCCCCAACGCCGAUGCCCUCGGCCGUCCUGUUGGUCAGGGCCCUAUCUACAAGCAGUACAACCUCAUCUUCGCCUUCAUCGCCCAGUUCUGCUACGUCGGCUCCCAGGUCACCGUCGCGACCUGGUUCAUCAACUACGCUCAUGAGAACGGCGGUUUCUCUGACUCUCAGGGCGCCAACUUCCUCUCGUUCGCCCUCAUGACCUUCACCGUUGGCCGCUUCGUCGCCACCGCUCUUGCCACCGUCUUCCAGUCCGACUUCCUCCUCAUGAUUUACGCCGCCGCUGCCAUUGCCCUGACUGCUUACUGCUCCGUCGGCACUGGAAAGGCUUCCGUUGGUGUUCUCAUGACUAUCUUCUUCUUCGAGGCGCCCAUGUACCCCAUUCUCUUCACUCUCGGAACUGCCAACCUCGGCCGCCACACUCGUCGCGGCGCUGGUAUCAUGGUGCAAGCUGUUGCAGGUGCUGCCGUCUUCGUGCCGAUCCAAGGUGCCAUUGCCGAUGCCGCACACAUCCGAAUUUCUUACAUCGUGCCCCUCAUCGGCUUCACCUACGUGGUGGGCUAUGCUACUUUCCAUUGGUUCCGCCACGGCCGCAACAUCAUGCGCAUCAAGGAUGCGAAGCGCGCCGCUGCCGAGUCUGAGACUGAAGGUGGCAUGGUGACCAUUGACGGAUCUGAGAAGAAGAAGACCGACGACUGGGUGGAGAGUGUUUAG